AUGAAAAAAAGAAGUUCGCUGUGUAAGCCAAGAGGACUAGAGGACGUGCCGGCCGAACGCGUCGCCCAGGCGCGCGAGGUCGCGGGAGGACGGCGCCGGGCCCGGGCGCCGCGCGCAGCCGCGGGGGGGCGCAACGGCGCUGCCGGGGGGGCGGAACGCGCGAGACGGGGCAAAAAAAAAAAAACGGACGAGCGCGGCGCGCGGGGCGCGUUCUGCUACCGCGGGUCGACGCCCGGGAAGGGGAGCGAGGGCUGCGGACGCCGGGGCGACAGGCGCGCGGACGGGCGCGCUGGGGCCAGUGACGGUCUCCACGACGCCCCCGGCGGCCGGCGGCCCAGGGCACGGCUACGGAGGGGGCCGGCGUGGGGGAACUGCGGCGAGCGCGGCGUACGCGGCGGACGCGCCGCACGCGUGCGGACGUGCGCGCCGGGCUCCGCGGGCGCAGCGCGCUCGGCCGUAGGCGCCGGGGGCGCGGCGCGCCGGCUGCCGGCGGCGCGCGCCGCGCGCGCGGGCAUGCGAGCCCAGCGAGACGCUGGACGGACAACGGGCCGGGCGGCGGCCGCGACCCGGGGGGCAUUAAACGGGUGGGUGGGGGGGACGCGGCGACGAACGCGCGUGCGACGCCGGCUGCGGGGCGGGGCCGCCACGACGUCGCGCGGACGAGUGCCUCGCGUACCUGCGUCCGGCGCCGGGCGGCCCGGCGGGAACGGCGCCGACGGGGGCGGGAACUGGAGGAACGAGACGCGCGGCGGCGCCCGGGCUGGCCGCAGGACGGGCGCUGCGCCCCGGGUCCGGCGCGACGGACGGCGGCGCGCUCGUGGACGGCCCGGCGCGCGCGACGCGGAAGGCGACGCUAGGUGGGGGGGGGGGGGCGGCCGAAGACGUGGGCUGGGGGGGCUCUCCGAGCGGCUGCCCGCAGGGGGCCCCGCCCGCUCCCCUCGCGGCGCCGCCAGGGCGGGCGCGGGGGCGUCUGACGUGCCGCAUCGGGCGCGCCGCGCGGGCGCGGUGAGGCGCGGGGGCGAACGAGCGCGUGCGCACCGCACGCGGGCACCGGCCGCGACGGCGCGGAGCCGGCGCCACGGCGGCACUGCGGGAGACGGCACAGCGCCCGGGCGGCGGGGGACGGCCGAACCGGCGCCCACGGCGGCACGCACGCCGGGCCGCCGCGGACGGCGCCCCGUGCGCGACGGUGCGACGCGGCCGCCGGGCGGGCCGAUACCCCCGAUGCCCCGGCGCGCGGGUCCGCACCGAGGGACGGCGGGGCGGAUGGCACGGGCGGGAGCGCGCAGCGACGUUGAGACGGCGUCGGGGGGUUGGGCGCCCGGGACGCUGCGGCGCGGCGACGUACCCGGGGGCGGCACGUCGGCGUGA